CAAUACGACCUGGUACCGCGUAAAGAAUCACUGCAUGAGGCUAACUUUCAAUUGUCAACACCGUCCACAUCCAUAACUUCGAACCAAGACCAGGAAACUAGACCCAAACUGCCUGUUGCGAUGGCGACCUACCUCCUGCAUCCGCCCUAUCAUGUUGAUCCAGAUGGAGAUGUCCUUCUCUUCACACCAAAGACACCCUUGAUUGACAUUCACAAAGGCAAUGUGCCGGGAAAUUACGCUCGCUUUCAAGUCUCAUCCAAGAAUCUCGCACUUGCGUCAGGUUAUCUCAAGAGGACGUUGAAAAGUUGUUGGGCUGAAGGGCAUGCUCCUUCGACAAAGGGGUCUGCUGAGAUUCCGGUCAACUACUGGAAGCCAGAUAUCCUGCUGAUCAUUUUGAAUCUCAUCCAUGGGCGCUUACGACAAAUUCCUCUCAGGUUGUCCCUACCGCAAUUGAGUGAUAUCGCCGUGGCCACCGACUAUUUUCAAUGCCACGAGGUCGUCGAGGUGUUUGCUGAAGACACGAAAACAUGGGUGAUGAUCUCCUGUGUCUUCAAGUCCCCCGACAUCUUCAAACAAACAACAAGAAUUGCCAUGGAACAAGCAACAGGGCCAUUUGACACGAGCAAUCUCCCGAUUCCAAAAUCCGUCAAAGACGCAAUCGAUCAAGCCAGGCAGGAAUGUGUCGAAAAAUUCGAAUUGAUGAUCAAAGAGCACAUGUCAAAGCUGUUCAACGGCCCAACUUACUGUUCUGCCAAAUGUGAUGCAACACAGCUGGCUCUCUUCUUUAUUAAGAUGAUGAAAAAGGAGAUAUCUUACUCGCUCGACAUGGCCUGCUCAUCUGAGUCUAGUCAUGUUCGAUCCAUCACCGUCGAUAUCUGGGGGCACAGUCCUGAGUUCAUCCACUCUAUGAUCAAGGAAUGA